AUGGACCUCUUUUCUUUCUAUCUGAUCAGUGUCUUGCUCGGUGUUCUUCGUUCCAUUUCAAACGCAGAGAAUCUCACCUUCCAGACCUCUAUCCGGGAUUUACAUCUCCAAGCAGGUCAAGGACAAUUUCUCGGACCGUCAGCAAUCUCUGGAAGUUUCGAUCAAUUAGUGACCACUGAUACCUGCUCCCGAGCUUGCGAGAUUUUAGCUGCCAUUCGCCCUGGAACAGUCCUCACUCCCUUCACUCCCGCAUAUGAGCGUGCCAAGUUUGGUUACUGGACUAAAAACCAGGCGGAAUCUAAUUCUCGGUGCAUAUAUCAACCCAUAAGCGCUGGAGAAGUCUCAUUGGCUGUCGUUCUGUUGAAGUCUUUGAGAUGCCCCUUCGCAGUCAAAAGCGGGGGUCAUGGAUGUUAUGAUGGCCAGUCUAGCAUUAGUCAAGGAAUCACAAUAGAUCUAGGGAAAAUCGAUCAGAUCAAUCUAUCAGAUGACCGGAGCGUCGUCACACUUGGCCCUGGAAGUCGUUGGCUAAAUGUUUACACAGCUCUUGAGCCGCUGAAUGUGACAGUAAUCGGUGGGCGAGACGCAGGUGUUGGAAUUGGAGGGUUCCUCCUUGGAGGUGGAAUCUCAUUCCAGUCCUCCCAGUAUGGCUUUGGUUGUGAUAAUAUUGUGGCGUAUGAAAUUGUCCUCGCAAAUGGCUCCAUGGUAAUAGCGAGUGAAGAGCAGAACAGUGACUUGUACAAAGCUUUGCGCGGUGGUGGAUCCAAUUUCGGCAUUGUCACUGCCUUUCACCUGGAUGCCUAUCCUAAUACACCUAUGUGGGGUGGCUCAAGGAUUUGCAAAUAUGAUAAAACGCCGGAUAUAACACGAGCCUUCAUGAAUUAUGCCUCUCUAGUGGAAGAAGACUCGAAAGCAUCUGUCAUCCUAAACUUGCUUUAUCAAAACGGCCAAUGGGUAUGGCAGCUGGAUCUUGAGUACUGCGCUCCAGUCUCAGAUGCUUCCGUCAUGCGAGAGUUCAUGGACAUUCCAGCAAUCGAAGAUGAGACCGCUAUAACGAAUCAAUCUCAGCUCACUGUCGCGAUGGCUGAGAGAGCCCCGCGUGGCUACCGGAGCUCUUUCUGGGCCUCCACAGGCAAGGCGGAUAUUCUUCUUCUAACCUUCUAUGUGGAGACAUUCGUGGCUGAAUCCGAAAAGGUUUUGAAAAGUCCGGGCAUAAUUCCAGCUGGUGACAUUCAGAUCAUCCCACCAGGACAGCGUCGGCCAAUGACGAAACGGGGCGGCAACGUUCUUGGUCUCGCUGAUAACACCAACGAGACACUUAUUCUAUUCAACCCUGUAUUUCUCUGGGACGACCCAGCUCAUGAUGACAUUGCAUAUGCAACCCUUUCAACAAUAAUCGAAAAGACAAACGAAAAGUCUGUCCGACUUGGGCUUCAGAGUGAUUUCAUAUACAUGAACUAUGCAAGCCAAUUUCAGGACGUUAUUGGAAGUUAUGGAAAGAAGUCUCAGGAGUUCUUACAUGCAGUGGCUGAAAAGUACGACCCUGAAGGCGUAUUCCAAUAUCUAGCGACUGGAGGGCAUAAGCUGUAUGGGCCUCCUCGGCAUGCUUUAUUCAAGGGUGAGAUUUGA